UACUGUGCUGUAUUGCAAGCGUUAUUUUCGUGCUGUUUUUAAGGAUUUCGGUGCUCCGUAGCGUCCACUUGGGGUCAGUAUAAUGAUGUGUAAUGUUUAUUUUGGUUCGCGAGAGGUUAGUGGGCGUGUUUUUUUUUUUUUUUUUUGUUUUGUUUUUUUUAAUUUUGUUAUGGAGUCGCACCAGUCUCCCUUCUAGUUGUCACGCGUGGAGGCAGCUCUUUAUCACCAAAUUCCACUUGCCAGAAAUUAAGAACGUCCAAAAAAAAAAAAUUACAAAUCUGAAUUGCUUGCGCAGAGACACAAAGAGAUUUUGUAAAAGUGUACAAUAACCGAACUAGCUCACAUGGAUGCGUGAGUAAGACUUAAGGAUUUGCGCAGGUGCACCUGCGUAUGUCUCAAAAUUCGAAUGGAUGACGAUGAUCGAGGCAAGCCGUGGAGAGGCCAUCCGUGAGUGGGUGGACGAUCCCUUUCGCCCACCCCCUUUUCCUCUCCCUCCCUUUUCUAUGACACAUCAUCUAUCAGCGAUCCUCGCACUCGCUCGGCCCGACCCAGCUCGGCCGUCUCCGAAUUUUGAAUCACGUGUAAGACGUCGGACUGCAGUUGGUCGAGGCGAACGUGAUCCACGGAGCCGUCGAGGGAGAAUAUGACGUCGUUCGAAUUGUGCAUGGUGGACAGUGGCCAUGAAGAAGUCAAAUGACGUCAUCGCAAAUAGUUGUUCACGUCGGUUGUAUGUGAGGCCGAACUGUUUACUAUCGCAAUCGCAGUGUACAUCGGUCAUGCGCUUGAAUUUGCCUUUGAGCGGGACAGGUACCGGACCGCACUCCGGCUGCGUGGCUUGAGUUCUGCCCCGUAGAUGGAUGUGCCGCUCGACUGGGACGAACCAGCCAACAUGUACGCGGGACGCAAGAGAAGAAAACCGCUUCAGAAAGGAACCAAACUCACCCCAACUGAAGGGGACAAGUCCAACCCGUCCAAACGGCACCGUGACCGUCUGAACUUGGAGCUGGACAGGCUUGCCGGCUUGCUGCCCUUCCCCGAGGAUGUCAUCUCCAACCUGGACAAGCUGUCCAUACUAAGGCUCAGUGUCAGCUAUAUCCGGACCAAAAGAUUCUUUUCAGUGGCAUUGAAAAAACCUCUCUCCAGUGGCGUCACCAAAAGUACUGACCAUCAUGACAGCAAUGUGCCGGAACACACAGCGCCGUGUAUGCCGGAAGGGGAACUGCUCCUUCAGGCUCUGAGUGGAUUUGUUCUGGUGAUCACAGCAGAAGGAAUCAUCUUUUACUGCUCUCAUACCAUCCAGGAUUACCUUGGUUUCCAUCAGACGGAUGUGAUGCACCACAGCGUGUUUGAGCUGAUCCAUGCCGAAGACCAUCAACAAUUCAAGAGGAACCUGCACUGGGGGCUCAACCCUCCUGAGGGCCUUGGAUCCCCUUUGGACACCGCAGCAGGAGAAGGAGAGUCGGGUUCCUCUUGCGUGGUGAGCUACAUCCCUGAUGAGCUUCCUCCUGAAAACUCGUCCUUCUUGGAGAGAACCUUUGUCUGCCGCUUCCGCUGCCUACUUGACAAUUCAUCUGGCUUCUUGGCUUUGAACAUCCAGGGUCGGCUGAAAUUCCUCCACGGACAGAGUGGACUGCAGUGUACCAGUGAACGAGGUGCCCCACUCCAGCUCGCCUUGUUUGCCAUCGCCACUCCGCUGCAGUUACCAGCUAUUCUGGAAAUCAGAACAAAAAACAUGAUCUUCAGAACCAAGCACAAGCUUGACUUCACUCCAAUGGCCUGUGAUGCAAAGGGUAAAAUUGUUCUGGGUUACACUGAGGCUGAACUACGUGUCCGAGGUUCGGGAUACCAAUUCAUCCAUGCAGCUGACAUGCUCCACUGUGCUGAAAAUCACAUCAGAAUGAUUAAGACCGGUGAGAGCGGCCUCACCGUCUUCCGGUUGCUCACCAAGGACAACAGAUGGAAGUGGGUCCAAGCCAACGCUCGCCUUGUCUACAAGAAUGAGAAACCGGACUACAUUAUUGCCACACAGAGGCCGCUGGUGGACGAGGAAGGAGGAGAACACCUGAAGAAACGAUCCAUUCAUCUUCCUUUCACCUUCACCACUGGUGAGGCACUUCUCUACCAGACUGAUUACCCUCUCUAUGGCUUUCCGGAAACACUCAAGGGGAAAGCCAAAUGCAAGAGGGGGAAAAUGGAAAAUAAGUUCUCGGAGGACUUGCAUCCAAAAUCUUUGCUGGAAGCACUGAUGAGCCAAGAUCAGUCUGUUUACGUCUGCCAACCAGAUUCAGAGGCUCACAAUGCAUACGUUUCCAGUACUUUUAACAAAGAGCAAGGAGAGACUUCUGCAUUUGGUGACAGCUGGCAGAUGACAGAAAGAUCCAACAGGGAAACAUCCAUGUGUGAUCCACUGCUAGCCACCCUGGACUCUUUAUCUCUGGAUGGAGAGGAAACUUGCUCUAACAGUGAACUCUUAAGUGCUUUGGAGAACCUCGGACUAAAUGCGGAAGAACUAGAACUUCUGCUUUUGGAUGAGAAGAUGAUCCAGGUAGAAUUGGAUUCCAGCCAUGUCUCAACACUCAACGAGCUCACCAACAAUGAAAUUCUCUCCUACAUUCAUGAAUCAUUGGUGAUGCCAUCCAAUAGUGAAGAACACAGUGACAUAGUUGGAUUCGGACCAAAUACCUUUUCUCCAAAUUCUGCCGAAAGUGCCAACCUAUCGGUGCAGACAAAUCGUGUGGCCACUCUCCCAACCACUCCGUCCAUCAGCGGGCAAAUUCUGCAGCUGCCCAUCGGUGCAGGUGGGAUUAUGUUUCCAUCUGGGAGUGUAAACGCCAGCAGACUCUCUGGUAAGAGCCCAUGGAUGCGAUUAGCUGAAAAAGCCAACAAUAGGGACAACCACACUCCUCCCCAUCCUCUUGUCAACAGGGACAAUAAAGACACUUCACCGCUGGACUCCAGUCACUAUUGGCAGCCAGAAAACAGCCAGACUUUUAUACCUGACUCGCAGACCCUGGAAAUAACCUCUACGCCCAGUAAAAAUUCUGCUUUCCUUCAGAAUGGGCUGGUUGACCCUGUAGUCUCAAACAUACCAUAUUCGGGCAGUUCAGCGCUGAAUGACACAAAAUUUUGUCACUACGAACAUUUGGUGGACACUGUACAGCCGCACACGCUGCAGGGUCAGCAAUCUCACAAGCUCCAGAGUCCAGGUUUACACCCGUGUUUGGCCCAAUGUCCUCCGCAAAGUGCUGCUAUGGAGCUGGAGCAAUUGGUGGCUCUCGCGCAACCUUCAGUCGACGCCUAUAGCUUGUUCAACACCGCACAGGGUGCCCAAAAUCAGCUGGAGAACGCUUGCCUCCUCAGCGUCGCCAAUGCCACCUUCAUCCAGACCUGUCUCAUGUCCAAUGGGAGCAGAGAAGUGCCAGGCGACGUCCCGAUCUCGUGCCCUGACGGACUGCCAGACAGCCAAAAGUCAGGAUUUAUCCUCUGAAGAGAGGGUACCAGAUCUGAAAUACAAAUAGAGAUUCUUUAAAACAUCAUGUCUGGAUCAUACUUCAGGAGUUUUGCCCCCAUAUGGAUGGGUGAUUUUCCCAGAUCAACAUAUUUUAUCAGGAACAACAAACCUCUUGUGGUGUUACAUAGUCCACAACCAACAAUUUGGCACUCCAAUAGCUCUACGAAGCCAAAAUGAACAUUUCUAGUAUGUUGUUUUUUUUUAGAUAUCUUCAGAGUAGAUUGACAUAUCAACGGCAACUCUCCAACAGUGCACCUUGACAACCACCAAUGGGAAUGGGUAUUGUGACUGGCCUCUCAUGCUUGUCAUCAUAGCAUACCAUACUUGCUCGCCAUUGUCAACAUUUCUUCACACAGUACAAAGCACAUCCAUCCAUUUUCUUUGCCACCUAUCCUCACGAGGGUCGCAGGGAGUGCUGGAGCCUAUCCCAGCUAUCAACAGGCAGGAGGCGGGGUACACCCUGAACUGGUUGUCAGCCAAUCGCAGGGCACGUGGAGACAAACAGCCGCACUGACAAUCACACCGAGGGGCAAUUUAGAGUGUCCAAUUAAUGUUGCAUGUUUUUGGAAUGUGGGAGGAAACUGGAGUGCCUGGAGGAAAUCCACGCAGGCACAGGGAGAACAUGCAAACUCCACACAGGCAGGUCCGUGAUUGAACCCGAGACCUCAGAACUGUUAGGCCAAAGUUUUACCAGCUGAGGCAUCGUUCCACCCAGUACAAAGCACAUUUAUUGUCAAUUCUUAAAAAUAUCUAACACACUUGGAGGAUUCAAAUUACGGUAAUCAACGGAAUGUGGUGGUACAUAAGACAAAUAAUAAAAUCAAUAUCAAAGCUAAAUUAACUAUAGUAUAUGCAAUUUGAAAAGUAUUCAUUAAAUGUGUAAAUAUCAAAGGUCAGGUGACAUGUGCAACAUAGUCAAGCUCAGAGAACCAAGACAAAUAAGACAUUUAUAAAUUAGAUCGUAAAACCCCACUGCUACUAAAGUGGCUGGUGCAACCCUGAGUUUGGUGCAAGUAUGUAAGUGUGCGCGUGUAUGUAUUGUAUGUGUUUGUUUGUGAGUGUGUGUGCAUAUACAAGUUUGCGGGGCAUCAGAAUUCAGAGGAAGAGGGGGCAGAGUGGACAAAGAGUUCAGAUUCCUGACAGUCUGAUGAAUAAAGUUGUCUUUGAGUCGGCGGGUCCGGGCCUGCAGACUCCGCAGUCUGCUGCCCUGACGGCAUGUGCACAAACCAAUGUUUACUGAAGCUUUAGAACAUGAUUUGACAAGACGCCAGCAUGUUUAUAUACAAACUUUAGUGCUACUAGUAUCUUGAUAGGGUACAUAACGUUUUGUUACCUGCUUUUGAGAUAUUUCAUACUAAAAGUGAAUUAAAACUCAUAAACAUACGUGAAGCAGUUCUUGAAUAGCCCAAAACAUCAUCCGCCGAGGACCUGCUAAUACCCCACUUUUUUUUCUUCUUUUAGUUCUUUUUUUUUCCCCAACAUUGCCACUGUGAUCCACUGUUUGUCCACAACUUGGUGUUCCCUUGGUAGCAGUUGUAUCUGGUUAUGAUGAAAGAUGACACAUUUUCUAGUCACGCAUGCCCAAAAGCGUUUAAUUUGACAAGAUAGGGCCCAGUGAUCACAAAAGAUGUGAUACGCUGGUAUCGACAUGGAGAGUUGCCACGCUCUCACCGAGGCAGAGCAAGAUUUUACGCCAGUAGUCAGCUGCAAUCAUGACCAAAUAUGUCCUGUAGUUUGAUCCCGACAGAAAAGAUAAACAAAGCAUUUAUCAGCAUUUGUCACUACACAUGAACUACGUAGAUGGUUUGAUGUGAAACUGUCAACUGUGUUGUAUUGUUCCUGCGUACACUGAAUCUUAGUCGAGUAUUCAUAAGCGAGUCUGAUCUGUGCUCACUUAUUGCUGCUAAAACGGAGGCAGCACCUAGUAAUCUGUACAUACACACUUUCUUGAAGUAGUUGGGUUUCAGUAAAAAAUAAUCUUGAAGUUUCUUGUUCAAUACAAGUGGAACUUCUUAACUUUUCCCGGGUAACAUUGACGUGUUUGCAGCUGCUGUUUAGAUUGUAUUGAAACAUAUUGCUGAAACAAAAGAAGCUCAGUGUCAUGAAAUGAAAUGAUGUGAAAAUAAUCCAUUAAUAAUCUUCUUUUCCUUUUGGCUUGUCCCGUUAGGGGUCGCCACAGCGUGUCAUCUUUUGCCAUCUUAGCCUAUCUCCUGCAUCUUCCUCUCUAACCCCAACUGCCCUCAUGUCUUCCCUCACCACAUCCAUAAACCUUCUCUUUGGUCUUCCUCUCGCUCUUUUGCCUGGGAGCUCCAUCCUCAGCAUCCUUCUACCAAUAUACUCACUCUCUCGCCUCUGAACAUGUCCAAACCAUCGAAGUCUGCUCUCUCGAAUCUUGUCUCCAAAACA